UGGGGGAGGGGUGUUUGCCCGUUGCCAGGCACCCGAGUUCCGGUCCUUGACAGUGGCCCCUGGCACCAGCCAUGGCCAUGUUACACAUGCUGUCCUUGCUGCCCUUGCUGCUCCUGCUGGUGAUGUCUGCCCCCACCCAUGCCUGGUCUCGGCCCCUCUGGUACCAGGUGGGACUGGACUUGCAGCCUUGGGGGUGCCAGCCAAACAGUAUGGAGGACUGCAGGACUAGCCUGGGCUGUCCUGGUUAUUGGAUAGGCCUGGGAGAGAACCGCAUUUACCCUGUGGCUGGGGUCACAGUCACCACCAUGAUGCUGGUGAUCAGCCGCAUGGUGCUGCAGCGACGGCGGUCACAGGCUGCCAAGGGUCAGCGUCCACAGGUGACCGCUGGCCCCUGUGGAGCUUGGAGACGGCGGACCCCAACCUCGGACCGUGCCCUCCUCCGUGGGGUUUUGCACAUGCUGGAUGCCCUCCUGGUCUACAUGGAGGACCACCUACAGCGUUUAGCUUCCCAGCAGCAAAUCCAAAUAAAGGGGACUCCCACCCAAAGUGGGUGACCAAACA